AUGGCCAAGGGAGGCAUGGAGGUGGCAGAGGCAGUGGCAAAGGUAGGGGUCGGCUGCGAGGCGGGGAUGAACAAGGCGCAACGCAAGCGAUUGAUGGCCAAGGGUGGUAUGGUGUUGGAAGAGGCAGUGGCAGACGAAGGGGUCAGCCGUGAGUGGGUGGUAGCCGGGUGGCAUCCUGGUGGCUGGGCGAUGGUCGACUGGAAAAAACUGGCGGGGGCCGUUGUGGCAGCGGGCUAUAGGUGGCGGCUGGGCGGGGGCCGCUCGGGUGGUGGGCCGUGGCGGGGCGGUGCUGCACUACGGCUGGGCAGCGAGCCGGGCGGAGGAGGCUACACAGGAAGCGGCCGACGACAGGGUGGUGGGGGCUACAGACAGCGACCGUGGGGCCGGCGGAGGCUGAGAGGUGGCAACUGGGGAGCGGGGGGCCUCAGGUGGCGACGAGUGUCGCCGAAGGGGGCCUUGCUGGAAGGAGGCAUGAGGGAGCUGCCG